AAUUUGAAAGAGAAAAGAAAAAAAUUUUUUUCGAAAAAUCGAAAAUCAUUUCAAAUGAACUCUCCUAGAUGGCGAUAGUUUCUACGUUAGAUUAACAUUGGAUUCGAUUGAAGAGAGACCUGGCGGCGAAUUUGGUAAUUAGAAGAAAACUUUUUUUUUUCUCUUUUCUUUUUUCCAAUUUUGUUCCAUCAGUUGUUAGUUUAGCUUCUGUAAGUUAACAGUUAGUUUGUGUAUUUCUUUAUGUGUGACCCUCCAGUUGGAUAUAAAUACAAAUAAAAUAAUAAAUUGAGCUACAAUUAUGUUCCUACUUAGUGUGUGGUGUUUAUUGUGUCUCCUCAUCAAUUUAUUACCAUCAACUUUAAGUACAACAGAAACAGUGGAAAAUUUAAUCGGAGUAGCCGGUGGUAAAGUUUCCCUACCCUGUAACAUCACCCCACCCACAACGGAUGAUGCGGUGUCGCUAAUCCUCUGGUACAAAGAUGAAUCAACAACACCAAUUUACAGUUUGGAUGCUCGAAAGGGUAAACUUGACCAAGCUCGACAUGCAUCAAAUGAUAUUCUCAACUCUCGGUCUUAUAUGAACAUUGACCGACGUCCAGCAACCUUUUCCCUUGAACAAUUACAAGAAGACGACGCCGGUGAGUAUCGGUGUCGCGUUGACUUCAAGAAAGAACGGACUAGAAAUUUUGUCGUUUAUCUUAAAAUUUUAGUUCCACCCGAUAAGCCAAUUAUUACUGAUGGUAAAUCAGUUGAACCUUUGACAUCUUUAAUAGGACCUUUUAAUGAGGGUGAAAAAUUAAGUUUACAGUGUGAGGUUAACGGUGGUAAACCUCGUCCCACCCUUACCUGGUGGAGGGAAUCAGUUUUACUUGAUGAUUCCUAUGAAAUAAUAUCUACUUCCGGAUCCGGACUCAUCAGGAAUAUCCUUGAGAUACCAGUACUUCAACGUCAUGAUUUAAUGGCUGUGUUAACCUGCCAAGCAUCAAAUAAUAACAUAUCAUCACCCCAAGUGUCAAGUGUCACUGUUGAUUUAAAUUUCCGCCCGCUUUUGGUUAGAAUUCAAGGUGAUAAUAAAGCCUUUUCCUCGGGAAAACCAAGUGAGGUGACCUGUCAAACCGCUGGUUCCCGUCCAGCGCCAACAAUUAACUGGUAUUUAGGGACAACUCGAUUAAAAAAGACACGGGAAAAACAUUCUGCCGAUGGCAACAUAACGACCAGUAUACUGACCUUUAAGCCAAGUGCCGAUGAUACUGGUAAACAUUUAUUUUGUCGAGCUGAGAAUCCAUUGAUACCUUCAAGUGCUAUUGAGGAUAGUUGGAAACUGACCAUUCACUAUGUCCCACAAUUGUCUCUUCGAUUGGGAAAUAAACUUCGACAUUCGCACAUCCAAGCGGGUAACGAUGUUUACUUCGAGUGUAUCAUUAGAUCAAAUCCAAAAGUUUCCGAGAUUCGCUGGUGGUUUGAGGGCAAAGAAUUGCAUACAAACACCUCAGCGGGAAUUAUUGUCUCCAAUCAAUCGUUGGUACUGCAAAAGGUUCAACGUGUCAAUCGAGGUAGGUACACAUGUACCGCUCUUAACUCGGAGGGAGAGGGUGAAUCUAAUGCGGUUCACCUUCGGGUACAAUUUUCUCCUGUUUGUAAAGAGCGACAGAAAGCCCUUUAUGGUGCAGCAAGAAUGGAAUCGGUUAAAAUUAAAUGUGACCUGGAAGCCGAUCCACCUGAUGUAACGUUUGCCUGGUCUUUCAAUAAUUCAAAUGAAAACAUUGAACUGACCAAUCAUUCAUCGGACGGUGCCUCAUCCAUAGUUACCUAUGUACCCAAAACGGAAUAUGAUUAUGGGACUUUAUUUUGUUGGGGCAAAAAUUCAGUGGGCUCACAAUCGGAGCCCUGUGUGUUCACUGUGAUACCCGCUGGUCCACCCGAUCCAUUGAAAAAUUGUUCCCUAGUUAAUUCAAGUGAAGAUUCACUUCGAGUCGAUUGUACCGAAGGUUAUGACGGUGGACUCAUGCAACAUUAUAUUAUGGAAGUUUAUGAUUCAUAUUUUCCCGUUGACCUUAAGGCCAACAUUUCUACUAACUGGCCUUCAUUUACUGCCAAAGGUCUUCCACCAGGUACUCAGUUUACCUUGAAAAUUUACUCUGUCAAUUCCAAGGGGCAAAGUCAACCAGAAACUCUUUCAGGGACAACCCUUUCUCUUCCCGAAUCGGCCAAUCGAACCAGUAAAGGUCAAGUUUGGCAGUUGACCGCUUCACCUUUCCUCCUUAUCUUAAUCACCGUUGUGACCAUAAUUGUGGUUCUUGCCUUAUUGAUCAUCAUGAUCCUUAAAUUGUGUCCAUCAUCACCAAGGAUACGAAAACAUCAAGGUUCCAAUGGUGAUGAAAAGGACCCUAAGCAAACUACUCCACUACGAAAACCCGCCGGGGACGAAGUGUGUGACGUUUGUACCUGUGGUGAUGGAGAUGACAAAUGUCCUGAUAUAAUUCCAGAUAUUGGCUUUAAUGGCUCUGAGACAUUAUCACGAAAUGGUGAUCUUACCACCAUGAUGAAAGAUGAAACAAUGAUAAGUGAAAAACUUGAUUCCACUAAUCCAUUGACCGCUCCACUUUUAUCAAAUUCAUCCUCAUGUCAAGCCACUUAUACCAAUGGUAUCAAUUGUCCAUUAAUGGAAACUGGUCAUCAACUUAAUCACUGGCGAUCAGGGGGAAGUAUUGGUCAUCCAGCAACUCCAACACCACCACCACCAACAAUACACCAACAACCUACCUCAACAUCAACACCAUUAGUUAAUCCAAUGGGUUCAAAUCAAUCAAAUCAUUUAACCAAUUUAUCCUCAACGAUACAUAAUAACAUUCAAAAUGGUCAAAGUUUGUCAAUGAAAGGAAUCAUCAGUAAUAACAACAACAAUAAUAAUAAUCUUAAUUGUAAUAAUACUGUUAAUCAUAAUCAUCAAAAUCAUGUUCAUAAUAACAACACAAUCAAUGGUCAAUCAAAUUAUUCAACAUCAAUGAUCCAGCCAACAAUUAAUUUAAACGAUUAUAAUAAUAUCAUCACAGCAACAACCUCAUCAUCAUUAUCAUCAUCAUCAUCAUCUUCAAUAAAAGUGCCUUCAUCUAAUUAUCAUCAUCAUCUGCAAACAAUUAACAACAAUAAUACUAAUCGUUUACCCUCACAAUCACAAUUAAUACAAUCAAUGAUUUCAAGUGAUUCUCCAACUAGUCUUUAUCAACAAUCAACUAAUCACAACAACAACAACAACAAUAAUCAUUUAAAUACCGGAACUGUUACAAUAUUGUCUUCAUCAUCAUUAUCAUCAUCUUCAUCUUCAUCAACACCAUCAACAACAACAACGACAACAACACCGGGAUCAUAUUAUCUGAAUCAAGGAUCAAUACCAUUGAGUAAUUUAAAUCAUUCGGAUAUUUAUCAAUCAAAUAAUUUAUCAUCUCCAUCAUCAAUGGUAUCAUCUUCAUCUUCAUCAUCCAAUCAUCCCCAACACUUUGCCACCCUUUCGUACCCACGGCGGGUACGAGUGUUGCCCUCGAGCACCUUUACCAUUAGAUCAACGGAUGAUAUUGAUUCUCAUCACCAUACGGAUGUAUAAUCAUCACCCAAAUUAUCAUUUUAAUUAACAGAAUCAUCAUCAAAUUUGCUAAUUGAAACUUUUUAUUUUCUGUCAAUUAAUUGUCACCCAAACAAUUGCGAAUAAAAAAAAAAUCAACAACAAUUUAACAAAAUUAAGCAAAUCAAUUGUGUAAAUAAUGAAAAUAAAGUAAAACAAAAAAUAAUUCAAUUUCUUGUAAUAAUAAUAACAACAAUUAAUUAAUAAAAAUACA